AUGAGUGAAAGUGCUAAUGAACGUGGUUCCCUGUCGAGUGAUAUCGGUGAUGUGGAAAUACCAUCAUCCGAUGAUAUGGAGUUGGAUGAUCUCCGUUUUCGGUUCUUUCUCUCGUAUCUCAACAUCGUUUUUGGUACAACACCAACUGCAUUUCAGAAGCUUAUUCUCAAUAACGAAACAAAUCGGAAAUUAAUGCAAUUGUUUCUCGAUACAGCUGACCGAAAUUUGACUCUCAUUUUCGAAAAUUCAGAUUCAUUGAAUAUUCUCACGGAAUUUCCGAUGCAGAUCAAAUCGAAACUCGUUUGUUUCGUUAAAAGAAAUUCGUCCAUCAUUCACGAUGACAUUCCACUGAAAAAGCAGAUCGCGAUCACUGAGUUCACUCAUUCAUCCAUGGCACAACUGAGUUUAUUCAUAUCCGAAAUUCUCUGGCCUAUUUUACAACAACGAAAGACGACAAGCGACUGGCCUGAUAUAGUCAUUCGAAAUUGUGCACAAAAUAUCUCUGAAUUAACGAAUCUAUUGACAACAGUCAAUGGAAUCCUUCGAGGACGAACGAUCUUGUCCAUUCCACACGAAAUUGACUACUUAUCCAGUCCGGAUUAUCUUCGCGUUCUUAGCCAAAACAACGGAUUCGACAGUGGAAAAAUUCGUCUAUUAGAAAAUAUUGUUCUAACAUGGAAAAAACAGAUUCAAACCGCAAUUAAUUACGAUGCUAAUCCGCCACAAAAUAAAUAUUAUCCAUUACCGAAUCUUGAAAUUCAAUUCUGGAUGGCAAGAGCAGAUAAUUUACAAAAUAUCAAAACACAGAUGCAUUCGUCAUUAGUUCGACGACUGGCAGAGAUUCUUGAAGUAUCUGGUUCGACUUAUUUUGCUGCUUUUCGUGCCCUCUUCCGCGACGUCAUCCAAGCGUUAGUUGAAGCACAAAAUAUGGCCCUGUAUCUGAAACCACUGAUGCCGAUUCUCGAUUCGAUAGAAAAAGUUCCAGAUAUUGAAAUGAUUUCAACGUUUUUCCAUCAUUUGUUCCAUUCGUUAUCGUUAACUUGGGUUCAUUCGACAUAUUACACGAAUAUAAGUCGAUUUAUUGGAUUCUUACAACAGUGGACCAAUCUGAUUUUAAAUAAAAUUCGUGAUCUACUUCAACCGAACGAUCUUUUCGUGGACACUGAUUUCGAUGAACCUAUUCAGCUGAUCAAUAUAUCAAUUGAAACAUGUCUUUUCUAUAAAAAGACUUAUCAGCAUCACAAAGCAUUGCUACCCACGUAUUUCAAGGAUCGGCAGGUUCGCUAUUGGGAAUUUCCAGAAUCGAAGAUUUUCGAACGAUGCGAUGACUUUCUUAAUCGAUUGAACAUGCUAAAAGAUAUCAUCUCCACUGCAAAAGAAUAUUUCAUAUAUGAGUCCAUUGAACUGGGUGGUGUGGAUGCAGAUGAAUUGCAAAGUAUUCUACAGAAGGUUCUCAGCGAUUUCAAAUCAUCCUAUGCCGUGUUUCGUGGCUUGUCGGAUGAUCUAACUAAUGAUUCGAAUGUUGAAUUUGCGAAUAAUUACAAAAGUUUUACUAAAAACGUACUGGUUGAUGAUGAGCGUAUCGCUAAUAUUCUCUGUCGGUAUCUGCGACCGUGUGCAACUCACGUAAAGACAACCAAUGUCAAUACUAUCUAUCGGUUAUUUCGGAUCUUCGGCCCAACACUAGAACGAAAUCGACUGAAACAAGUUGUCAAUGAAUAUACAAACACACUUCUGAGUAUCAUUGAAGAUGCGUUAAAUGAAGACCAAUGGAUAUUCGAGGAAUACAUCAAAGAUUCAUAUCCAGUAUGGUUGUUGGCCAUGCCUAAGUUAAUUGCCGAUUUGACAUUUGCGGGUCAGCUACGACAGCGAAUUAUCGAUCAAGUCGAACCAUUGAAAACCGUGAAUAUAAAGCGAAUAUUUGAACAGGAAGAAGAUGUUUUGAAGAAACUUGAUGAUUUCAUGGAACACACUAAUCAGCGAUGGAUUGAGUCGUUUCGAAAACAAGAUCUUCUUCAUUUGAAUGAGCCAUUACUUCGAAAAGAAGAUAACUACUAUCUUGUGAGCAUCAAGCCAGAAUUUUCAAUAGCUCUACACGAAAUCAUGCGCCUGUAUCAACUGCCAAGCUUCGUCAUUUCACCUGAAACCGAAGAAUUCUACCAGCAUAUCGAUCAUUUCCAACAGCAAUUUAUCGAACUCGAAUACAUCACACAAUCCUAUCGACAUAUUUACGACAACAUUCUAAUCAUUGAAUAUCCCUUAAUUCGUGAUGAAUUACAUGCGAUUGAGAAAGAUCUUGAUAGAGCCAGUACUACAUUCACAUUGAAUAUCGGUCAUGGUACAUCUGAUUAUUCAAGAGAUUUCAUUCGCCACCUUCGACGAUCAAUCACUGAUUUCGAAGAACGUCUAUUCAAGAGCAAAACCAAUUUAGAUGACAUGCAACGCAUUCUAAAGCGUUUUGUCAAAUCAGCAUUGUAUUCUCGAGGUGAAACUCGGCAAGACUCCCUACUAAUCGUUCAUGAGAAAGAAGAUAGAGUACUAAAACGAAAUAGGGAAUUACGAGAUGCCGGUUCGCAUUUACAAGAUCUUCUCAAACAAAACAAAUGGUUGUUAAAAGCCGAUGCUGAUUCGGACAUUUGGAAAGCAUAUGUUGAUUAUGUGGAUGAGAUCGUCAUCGAAUCACUCUAUGAAAUCAUCGAAUACAAUCUCAAUUAUAUCCUCGAAGAAUCUGACUCAACACUGAACAAACGCGUCCUGUUUGAAGUUCAACUUGUGUUAGAUGAUCUGGAUUUACGGUUUAAUCCAUCGUUGGAGUUCGGUAGCGCCAAUGGUCUUUAUGAUAUUGUUGACACGCUUAUAGGUAAUAUCUUUCGACAAGCAGCGAUGCUUCCACGUCUUGCUGAACAUUCCGGACAGAAACAUUACCAAAAUGAUUUGGAAGGAAUGAAGGCUUUGAACGACAGUCGAUUGAAGAUUAUGGGAAGGCUACGUGAUACGAUGAAAGAAGCAAACGAUUGGAAGGAGGAAGUUGAAGAAAAUUCGUACCUAUGGCUCGAUGAUAGGAAGGAGCACAUGCGACAAUUUUUAUUGUACGGUCGCAUAUUCGAGGAUCAUGAAUUAGAAAAUAUUGAGCAAAUCAAAGAAAGUCCACCAAAUCUAAUACAAUUUCAAAAUCAAAUUGAUUUAUUUCAAUCGAUUUACAAUGAUAUCGAUAGUUGGAACCAAACAUAUCUUUUCAAUAGUUGGUUAAGAGUGGAUGCACGGCCUAUAAAACGACAGUUACUAGCAUUAGUUACGAAGUGGAUUAAUCUGUACAAAAACUAUCUCAUCGAUCACAUCACAGUUUCUCUCAAUGAACUACAAACAUUUAUUAAACAUGCCACGGACAUGCUCCAACGUGAGAUGAAACCGGAUAAUCUCAAAGAUUUGAUAGAAAUGAUGACAUUCUUGAGUCAAGUGCGUGCUCGACAAGAAUAUACAGAUGACAUGGCUGAACCAAUUAAAGAUACCAUUGAAUUACUAAAAUCUUACGCGUAUGAAGUACCACAAUCUGUCUAUGUUAUGCUGGAUGAACUGCCCGAACAAUGGAUUGUCGUCAAGAAAAUGAGCGCACAGAUGAAACAACAAAUUGCACCGUUGCAAGCCAAUCAAGUGACAAAUAUACGGCGUCAAAUUGUCGACAUGGAACGAAGACAGCUGGAACUACGAGAAAGAUUUCUCGAGGAUGCGCCGUUGAAAUACGAUACAAAAGAGCCGUAUAUUGAACUGGAUUAUUGGGCAUCGCAACUACGUAAAUUCGAUCAAGAUGUUCAGCAAUUGUCAGAUUUAGCACGAAUAUUUGACAUCAGCGUUCCUGAAUACAAAAUUGUCAAACUAUGCCGUAAGGAAAUGCGUCCGUUGAAACAAAUUUGGGAUAUCAUUUAUUUGAUACGCUCACGUGUCGAUGAAUGGACGAAGACUCCAUGGAAAGAAGUGAAUAUCGAGCUCAUCGAUCAAGAACUACGACAGACGUAUUUAAAUAAAGAAUUGCGUUUACUUGCAAAAGAAUGCAAUCAAUGGCAAGUGUAUCAAGGCAUUGAAAAGGAUGUGAAAAAUCUGAUUGCAUCAUUGCGUUCGGUUGGAGAAUUUCGUAAUAAUGCCAUUCGACCGCGCCAUUGGGAAGAGUUAAUGAAAGAAACGGGUGUGCAAAUCAAUAUGACAAAUGAGACAAGUCUUCAAGAUUUACUUGCUCUUCAUUUACAUCAAUACGAAGAUGAGGUGAAAAAUAUUGUUGAUAAAGCAGCGAAAGAACAAGGCAUGGAGAAAAUCUUAACCGAUUUGGAAAAUACUUGGUCUAGUAUGAAUUUUCAAAUAGAAAAACACCCGCGUACCAAUGUUACACUCGUAUCCAUUGAUGAUGAUAUACUUGUUGCCUUAGAUGAACAUCAGACCCAGUUACAAACCUUACUUUCGUCGAAAUUUAUUUCUCAUUUCAUUGAUGACGUCAUCACAUGGAAAAGUCAGAUGUCAACAGCUGAUAUGGUCUUGCAGUUACUGACUGAAGUACAACGUACAUGGUCAAAUUUAGAGGCAAUUUUCAUUGGAACGGAUGAUAUUCGAGUACAAUUACCACAGGAAACAGAAGCCUUCGAUAGAAUCGAUCAAGAAUUCAAAACAAUUGCUAAAGAUAAUGAAGCAGAUUUGAAUUUUAUUCGCUGCACUAAUCGUCCUGGUUUGUACGAUCAACUCGAGAAAAUGAAAGAUAAGCUACAACUAUGCCAGAAAGCACUCGAAGAUUAUCUAGAGAUCAAACGAUUGGCGUUCCCGCGAUUUUUCUUUGUAUCUGGUUCGGAACUACUUGAAUUCCUGUCGAAUGGAAAUGAACCUGAGAAAGUCAUGCGAUUGUUGAAGAAAGUCUUCGAUAGUCUCAAUAAAUUAGACUUGCGUGAAGAUUCCAACGGAAAUAAACUUAAAAUCGCCUAUGCAAUGCAUUCGGAUGAUGGUGAACGCGUGACGUUUUUCACCGAUUGCAAUCUCGAUGGUGCUGUGGAGAUUUGGCUAGCACGAUUAUUAGAUUUUCAUUGUGAAACUAUUAGAAAUUGGCUGCGGGUGGCAGUCGCUGCGUAUGAAGAUAAAUCUCGAGAAGAAUGGAUAUUCGAUUAUCCUGCACAAGUGAUUCUUACUACAAGUCAAAUCUGGUGGACGACAGAUGUGAAUGGAACAUUCGCUCGUAUUGAAGAAGGUUUUUCGAAUGCACUACGUGAAUACAAUAAGAAACAAAUUGUUCAAUUGAAUACCUUGAUUAGCUUAUUGUUGGGCUAUUUGAAUGAUCAAGAUCGAGAGAAGAUCACGACACUGUGUUUGAUCGAUCUUCAUGCACGUGAUGUUGUCGCAAAAAUGCUCGCUCUAAAAAUUGAAAAUAUCAAUGAAUUCACAUGGCAAUCACAAUUGAGACACCGUUGGGAUGCGAAAGAUAACAAUUGCUAUGCAAAUAUAUGCGAUGCUCGAUUUAAAUACCAAUAUGAAUAUCUAGGAAAUAAAAGUCGAUUGGUGAUUACACCGCUAACCGAUCGAUGCUAUAUUACAUUAACACAAUCCUUACAUUUAUUUGUCGGUGGAGCUCCGGCUGGUCCGGCUGGUACUGGCAAGACUGAAACGACGAAAGAUCUUGGGAAAUCAUUGGGUGUUUGUGUGUUUGUAACGAAUUGUUCGGAACAGAUCGAUUACAAAUCCAUUGGCAAUACAUUCAAAGGAUUAGCGAUGAGUGGUUGCUGGGGAUGUUUUGACGAAUUUAAUCGGAUAUCGAUCGCAGUGUUAUCUGUUGUGGCUGUCCAAGUGAAACUUAUUUUUGAUGCAUUGCGAGCGAAGCGCAAAUUCUUCCAUUUCAUGAAUGCCGAAAUAAAAAUACAUCCAUCGGUAGGAAUUUUCAUUACAAUGAAUCCAGGUUAUGCUGGUCGAACAGAACUCCCUGAGAAUUUGAAAGCGCUGUUUCGACCUUGUGCGAUGGUUGUACCAGACUUUGAAUUAAUCGCUGAACUGAAUCUUGUAUCUGCUGGUUUCACGGAUGCCAAGUUACUCAGCCGAAAAUUCGUUACAUUGUACUCAUUAUGUCGAGACUUAUUAUCCAAACAAGAACAUUACGACUGGGGUUUACGUGCCAUUAAAUCAGUACUCGUGGUCGCUGGUACCUUGCGGCGUGCUGAUCCCGAGAUGAGUGAAGACAAAGUACUCAUGCGGGCACUACGUGACUUCAAUAUACCAAAGAUAACUGUCGAAGAUAUGCCAAUUUUGCUCAAUCUUAUCGGUGAUCUAUUUCCAGCAUUGGAUGUCGAAAGAAAAAGAGAUCAAGAAUUUGAAACGAAAGUUCGCGAAGCAGCUAUUGACCUACAUCUACAAGCGGAAGAAGCAAGUCCGACAGCACAAAAUAACUUCGUCUUGAAAAUUAUUCAACUAAAAGAAAUCUUCGAUGUGCGACAUUCUGUUUUUAUUAUUGGAAAUGCCGGAACAGGAAAAACGCAAAUUUGGAAAACUUUGUUCAAAACAUAUCAAAAUAUGAAACGUCGACCACAUGCUGUUGAUCUUGAUCCAAAAGCUGUAACUAAUGAUGAAUUGUUCGGUUACAUGCAUCGACAAACACGUGAAUGGAAAGAUGGACUAUUUUCCACGAUCAUGCGUGAUCUAGCAAACAUGACAUCAGAUUCACCCAAAUGGAUUGUUCUCGAUGGUGAUAUUGAUCCGAUGUGGAUCGAGUCAUUGAAUACCGUUAUGGACGAUAACAAAGUUCUGACACUGGCUAGUAACGAACGUAUUCCAUUGAAUGAAACCAUGCGUUUACUAUUCGAAAUCAGUCAUCUGAAAACCGCAACGCCAGCGACUGUUUCGCGUGCAGGAAUUCUCUACGUCUCAACCACCGAUAUUGGAUAUUCGCCUGUAUAUGUCAGCUGGGUGGAACAACGUGAAUCAAGCAGUGAAAGAAAUCAACUUUUAUUACUGUUCGACAAAUAUAUUCCACGAUGCCUCGAAUUACUAAGAAGUGGACGCGUUAGAACGAUUACCCCAUUGGUAGAUGUGUGCCAUAUACAAAUGUUAUGUAAUAUACUUGAUUGUCUCUUGACGCCACAGAAUUUACCACCGGACUGUCCGAAAGAGUGGUGGGAGCUAUAUUUUGUCUGGGCGACCAUAUGGGCUAUUGGCGGAUCACUCUGUCAAGAACAAACGCUCGAUUAUCGCAACGAAUUUUCCAAAUGGUUCAUUCAUGAAUUUAAAACGAUUAAAUUUCCUCCACAUGGAACCAUUUUUGAUUAUUCUAUUGAUCCUCAAACAAAACGGUUUGAACCUUGGUCGAAACAACUCGAUGAAACAAGCUUCGAUCCUGACUUACCUGUUCAAUCACAACUGGUUGCAACGAGUGAAACCAUUCGAUUAUCAUUCUGGUUGGAAGCAUUAGUCAAACGAAGUGUCUCGGUUAUGUUUGUUGGUUCAGCAGGUACUGGCAAGAGCGUGAUAAUCACCAACCGAUUAGAUAAAUUCAAUACACAAAAUUUUACGAUUUCAACCAUUCCGUUAAAUUAUUACACGACGAGUGAAAUGCUUCAGAAUUCACUGGAAAAACCUUUGGAAAAGAAAGCGGGCCGCACAUACGGAGCACCUGGGAAUCGUCAAUUAAUCUACUUUAUUGAUGAUUUCAAUAUGCCUGAACGUGAUAGAUAUUUUACUGUUCAAGCACACACAGUCGUCCGUGAAUAUCUCGAUUAUCAGCAUUGGUACGAUCGACAGAAGUUAACUUUGAAAGACAUUCGAAACUGCCAAUUCGUCGUGGCAAUGAAUCAAAAUGCCGGAACGUUUAACAUCGAUGCUCGCCUUCAACGACACUUUGCCACGUUUGCGGUACCUUUUCCGAACAAAAGUACACUUCAUACGAUCUAUUCGAAGAUGCUUGAAACGAAAUUUACCAAUUUCACUAAAAUCGAUCUGAAGAGUCAAACUAGUUUUCUCAAUCAAUUCGUCACUGUUGCCAUUCAAUUUCAUCAGCGCGUAUCGACUGUUUUUCUACCGACAGCAAUUAAAUUUCAUUAUCUUUUCAAUUUACGCGACCUGUCGAAUAUCAUUCAAGUAAUUGAACUUCGUCUGUUAAGUCAAUCGAAUAUCAAUCGAUUUCCUUCGCAGGGAAUGUUAUUUGCAUCAUCGAAAAAUAUUGUAUAUCCGCAAAAUUUGAUUCGUUUGUAUAUUCACGAAGCUGAACGAACAUACUCGGAUAAACUGAUCUGUCAAGAGGAUAUUGAUCUAUUUGAGAAAAUUCUACGCGAAACAAUACGAAAAAACUUCGAAUUUGUCAAUAACGAAACAUUCGCAAAACCAUUGAUCUAUUCACAUUUCACCAGUGGUAUUGGCGAUGCGCAAUACAUUGCUGUAUCAUCAAUGGACAAACUUCAGAAGAUAGUGGAAGAUGCGCUAAUAUCCUACAAUGAAACGAACUCUCCCAUGAAUUUAGUAUUAUUCGAAGAUGCACUGAUUCAUGUCGCACGUAUCAAUCGAAUCCUCGAAUCUCCACGAGGUAAUGCAUUGUUGAUUGGAGUCGGUGGUAGCGGUAAACAAUCGUUAGCACGUCUGGCAGCGUUUGUAUCUUCACUCGAUGUCUUCCAAAUAACGAUCAAGCCAAGUUAUGGAAUCAAUGAUUUUAAAAUGGACUUGAGCAAUCUCUAUCGUCGCGCCGGCCUGAAAGGUCUUGGAAGUGUUCUUCUCCUGUCGGACGCUCAGAUCAAAGAUGAACAUUUUCUUGUGUUCAUCAAUGAUUACUUGUCAUCAGGUGAAAUCUUCGAUUUGUUUACAGAUGACGAACAGGAUGAAAUCCUCAAUUCAGUACGUUCUGAAGCGAAAUCGCAAGGACAUGAUGAAUCCAAAGAGAGUGUAUGGAAAUAUUUUAUUGAUAAAGUUCGACGAAAUCUUAAAAUCGUGCUGUGCUUCUCGCCCGUUGGUAAUACACUGCGCAAUCGUGCGCGUCGUUUUCCUGCACUAUUUAGUGGAACGAUUAUUGACUGGUUUCACUCUUGGCCAAGAGACGCACUCUAUUCCGUUGUUGUUCGUUUUCUUGAUAAUUUUAAACUAAUAUCCAAGGAAUCACACGAUACUAUUGCGAAUCUGAUGGCGGAUAUACACGUUGAUGUUAAUCAAACAUCAAUUCAGUAUUUCCUCAACGAGCGACGAUCUUAUUAUACAACACCGAAAACAUUUCUGGAAUUUAUUAAGUUAUUCCAACAUAUCUAUCAGAAUAAGCAGACAAAGAUACAGUUAGAAACAGUCCGGCUACUGGCAGGAUUGGAAAAACUAGGCUCGAUAUCAGCACAAACAGCUAUUUUACAAGAAGAUUUGAAAGUUACUACCGAAGAAGUGAACACAAAAGCGGAGCGAGCAGAAACUGCAUUGAAAAUUGUCACAGCCGAAGCAGACAAAGUGGCAAAAGAAAAGUCUUUCGCUGAUGAAGAACGCCGAAAGAUCGAAACGAAAAAGGCGGCAGUCGAGAAAGUACAAGCAGCUUGUGCGAUGGAAUUAGCAAAAGCAGAGCCGGUUCUCGAAGCAGCACGUUUAGCAUUGGAGAAUAUUGAAAAAGGACAAUUAACAGAACUGAAAUCAUUCGCAUCUCCUCCUGAAACUGUUAAGUUUGUUAUGAAUAUGGUUGUGGUGCUAUUCAAAUGGGUUGACGAGAGCAGAAUUAUUCCCGAAAGUCAACGAACAUGGACAGAAGCAAAGAAUACUAUUGGACCGGUGGAGAAGUUUUUACAGCGUUUGAAAAAUUUUCAAGUAGCAAAAGUAACGUCGCAAGUCCGUGCCAUCAUUGACAAACUCAAUUCAACACUGAUGAAUAUCAGCAAAAGUGACAGUAUUGAAACUUUAAUCCAACAAAUAGCGAUGAAAUCCGCAGCAGCAGGUGGAAUCUACACAUGGCUUGAUAAUAUGCUGAAAUUUCAUACUGUCUAUCUGGAAGUCAAACCGAAGCAAGUAGCGUUGGAGGGAGCAAACGAGGAAUUGAGUCGAGCACAACAAGCUUUCUCGAAAAUUCUUGCACGCGUACAUAUACUCGAAGAUGCUUUGACCGAAGAGAACCUCAAGAUGCAACGAGCACUUGCUGAAAAAGACGACGCAGUUCGAACUAAAGAACGCUUGGCUCGACAGAUUGAUUUAGCUGAACGCCUUGUCGAUGGUCUUGCUUCAAGUCGAAUUAUUUGGACGAAACGUGUUGAAACAUUCAAAAGCGACUUAGAAACCCUAAUUGGGGAUGUGUUACUUGCCGCAACAUUCAUUUCCUAUGCAGGGUACUUCUCCCGAUCGUAUCGAAUCAAUCUCGUUAAUAAAUGGAGAGCUAGUAUUUUGGCAACAAAAGGUGCGAUACCUAUGCGAACCGACUUACAACCGUUGUCAAUCAUGAUCGACGAUGCAGACAUCGCCGAAUGGAUGAAUCAAGGUCUUCCAGCUGAUCAGACUUCGUAUGAAAAUGCCGCGAUUCUUAUCUAUUGCUUACGUUGGCCAUUAAUGGUGGAUCCUCAAGGACAAGGACUUCGUUGGAUCAAAAAUUGCUUUGCAGAGAAUUUGGUGAUUCUUCGCUAUAAUAGUAAAGGUUACCUCGAUCGUUUCGAAGCAGCAAUUCGACGAGGCGAUACGCUUUUACUUGAAUGUGUCGAGGAAAGUCUUGACUCGAUUCUCGAACCAAUCAUCAGUCGGAAUUUAAUUCGGAAAGGACAAGCAGUCAAAUUCGGCGACAAAGAGAUUGAUUGCCAUCCAAACUUUCGCUUGAUCAUGCAAACGCGUUUAGCCAAUCCACAUUUUCAACCGGAAGUACAAGCUCAAACAACAUUGAUUAAUUUCAGUACAAUCCGUGACGGUCUCGAAGCACAAUUACUAGCGGAAAUCGUCGCCGUCGAGCGACCCGAUCUAGAAAAGAGUAAAUUCGAAGUGACAAAGCAGCAGAACGAAUAUAAAAUCAAUCUAAAGAAGUUAGAAGAUUCUUUGUUAGCACGUCUGGCCACAGCCGAAGGAAAUUUCAUUCAAAAUGUUGAACUUGUCGUCACAUUAGAACAUACAGUGAACACGGCACUAGAAAUCGAACAGAAGAAGAUCGAAGCGGAAAAAUUCAGUCAACAAAUUGAUCGUACACGAGAAUUGUAUCGGCCGACGGCUAUUCGUGCUUGUAUCAUUUAUUUCAUUAUGAAUGAUCUACCGAAAAUUCAUCCUAUGUACCAGUUUUCAUUGAAAGCUUUUCGAGCAGUGUUUCUCAAAGCGAUCGACCAUGCCGAACAGAAUGAAGAUUUUCGUAUAAGAAUUGCAAAUCUGAUUGACGCAAUCACAUUCGCUUCGUAUUCGUAUAUCAUUCGAGGACUUUUCGAAGAGCAUAAAUUGAUUUUCACAAUUCAAUUAUUACUACAAGUUUUAAUGGAAAAAGGUGAAGUCGAUAUGGUGGAACUUGAUCUAUUGCUACGCAAUCCUCAAGAAACCCAUGCCGGAAGUCCUGUAGAAUUCCUCAACGAAAAGGCUUGGGGGAAUAUUAAAGCUCUCUCGUUAGUACCAACGUUCCAUGGGCUCGACCGUGAGAUUGAAGCAUCGAGCAAACGAUGGAAGAAAUAUGUUGAAAGCGAAGCACCUGAACUAGAAAAACCUCCCGGUGAAUGGAAAGGUAAAUCAACUAUGCAGCAAUUAUGUGUCCUUCGUGCUGUUCGACCUGAUCGAAUGCUCUAUGCUUUGAAAUUGUUCAUUGGAGAGAAACUUGGUAAAAAAUAUACGGAAAUCCGUGCACCGGACUUCGCACAUACAUACGAGGAAUCGUCCAAAUCGAUUCCUAUCUUCUUUAUUCUUUCACCAGGUGUUGAUCCAUUGAAAGAAGUUGAAACGUUGGGCAAAAAACUCGGCUAUACAUCUCAAGCAGGCAAAUUUUAUAAUAUUUCACUAGGACAAGGUCAAGAAAUCAUUGCAGAAAAUGCACUGGAAAUCUCCGCAAAGGAAGGUCACUGGAUUGUUCUGCAAAAUAUUCAUCUAGUACGACAUUGGUUGCCAAUCUUGGAACGAAAGCUAGAACGAAUAUUAGAAAGUGGCCAAGAAAGUUUCCGUCUUUUCAUGUCAGCAGAACCGAGUGCCGAUGUUAGCAUGCAUGUGAUUCCACAAGGAAUUUUAGAAAAUUCGAUUAAAAUAACCAAUGAAUCACACACGGGAAUGUUAGCUAAUCUGCACAAAGCAUUGGACAGUUUCGAUCAGGAAGUACUGGAUUCCUGUAGUAAGGAUACUCAAUUCAAAGUGAUCCUCUUCGCUCUAUGUUACUUCCAUGCCGUCGUAUCCCAGAGGACAAAAUUUGGCUCCAUCGGUUGGAACAGAAAAUAUCCAUUCUCAUCUGGAGAUCUACAGAUUUGUAUUGAUGUGUUGCGAAAUUACCUCGAAUCGAAUGUGAAAAUUCCCUGGGAAGAUCUUCGUUAUAUAUUCGGUGAGAUCAUGUAUGGUGGUCAUAUCACCGAUGAUUGGGAUCGUCGUUUAUGUCGCAAUUAUCUUGAAACAUAUCUGAAUCCGAGUAUGUUCGAAGGUGAUCUUCAAUUAGCGCCGGAUUUUCCAUUACCACCACCGUUGGACUACAAAGCGUAUCAUGCCUAUAUUGACGAUAAACUCCCAAGUGAAUCUCCGAAAUUGUACGGGCUUCAUCCCAAUGCUGAGAUUAAUUUUCUUUCGCAAACAAGUGAAAAAUUGUUUAAAACUCUGGUAGAGAUUCUGCCAAGAGAAACGAACAAUGUCAGUCAAGGACAAAGUGGUGCAUUAUCGCGAGAUGAAAAAAUCCGAAAUGUGUUGGACGAAUUUCAAAAUCAUAUGCCGGAAGAUUUCAAUAUCGUGGAAUUACGUGCACGACUCGAUGAACGUAACCCAUAUGCAGUUGUCGCCCUGCAGGAAGCAGAACGCAUGAACAUUUUAUUACGGGAAAUUCGGCAGAGUCUAAAAGAGCUUGAUGGUGGCCUCAAAGGUGAAUUAGCCAUUUCGCACGAAAUUGAACUCUUACAGGAAUGCUUCUAUUUGGAACUUGUGCCAAUUCAAUGGGCUAAUCGGGCUUAUCCGUCCUUGCAUCCAUUAGGCUUGUGGUUUCAUGAUAUGCUGAAUCGUUACCGAGAGAUUGAUCAUUGGAUUGCCGAUUUUCAACUGCCGAAUUCUGUUUGGUUAGGCGGGCUAUUCAAUCCGCAAUCAUUUCUUACGUCGAUCAUGCAAGCGGUGGCAAGAAAACAAGAUUGGCCACUUGAUCGAAUGUGUUUAAUGGUGGAAGUAACAAAGAAGCAGAGAGAAGAAAUCCAAAAUGCACCGAAAGACGGUGCUUAUAUCCACAAUUUGUUUAUUGAUGGUGCGCGAUGGGAUAAACAAAAUAACUUAUUAAUUGAAGGCAAACUGAAAGAACUUUGCCCAUCAAUGCCGGUAAUAUUUGUGAAAGCGAUACCGAUUGAUCGUUUGGAUACGAAAGGCACGUAUGAUUGCCCAGUUUAUCGAAUUAAAACGCGAGGACCGACAUAUGUAUGGCGCUUCAAUUUAAAAACAAAAGAAAAACCAUCGAAAUGGGUCCUGGCUGGUGUCGCACUACUAUUACAGGCAUAA